AUUCAGUUGAGCCAGUAAGUAAGGAAAUGCGCUCCAAAAGAGAAACUGAAACUUAACGGCCAUUUUAAAAACGGAGGAGAAAGAAUCCCCAGGAAAGAAGGAAUUAAAUUAAAUGUAAAAAACGGAGUGAACAGUCUGUUGUGGAGUGGAACUGAGGUCUGCCAAUUUGGGUCAGAACCCACUUGUGAAUCUGAUCUGGUGUGUUCAGUUGUCCUGAGACAGGGGGCGCUGUUUGUAAAAUGAGUUCCUCAGAGAUGACCGAGACUGACGAUCGAACCCACGGCCCUGCGAGGAAGAGGGUCCAGGUAGAUAGGGCUGGGUCACCUGUACCCAGCUGUCUGUCUAUGAAGAGUGACCAUUCAUUGAAUCAACCAAUCGAAUUCAGAGGAGAGUUCACAGGUGAUCAAAGGGUCCAGGUAGAUAGGGCUGGGUCACCUGUACCCAGCUGUCUGUCUAUGAAGAGUGACCAUUCAUUGAAUCAACCAAUCGAAUUCAGAGGAGAGUUCACAGGUGAUCAAAGGAUCCACUGCUCACCAGCAUCCAACCGUCUUGUAGAGAGGAGUUCAGAGAAACUCUUCUCAAAACAGCUGACCAGCAGCCUUGUGAAGCAGAAGGAUCUCACUGACUCACUGGAGAGAGAUGAGCAGCACAAUAAAUCCAUAGAAAGAGCCCAGCAGGCACUGAAAACUGCUCUGAAGAAGAAGUUUGAACACACAUUUGAAGGUUUAGCAAAGCAGGCCAACCCAACCCUCCUCAAUGAGAUCUAUACAGAGCUCUACAUCACAGAGGGGGGAAGUGGGGGGAUCAAUGAUGAACACGAGGUCAGACAGAUUGAGACAGCAUCCAAGAGACAAACCACACAGGAGACUGCAAUCCUCUGCAAUGACAUCUUUAAGCCUUUACCUGGACAAGAGAAACCCAUCAGAACUGUGCUUACAAAGGGCAUCGCUGGCAUUGGGAAAACCGUCUCUGUGCAGAAGUUCAUUCUGGACUGGGCAAAUGGAAAAGCCAAUCAGGACAUUGAUUUCAUCUUCACUCUUCCUUUCCGAGAUCUGAAUCUGAAAAAGGAGAGAGAAUUUAGUCUCAUGAAACUGCUGCAGCAAUACUUUCCGCAACUGAAAGAGAUCAAAAGUUUUGAAGAUGAAGUCAAAAUUGUGUUCAUCUUUGAUGGUCUGGAUGAGUGUCGACUUCCUCUAGAUUUCCAAAGCAAUAAGAUCUGCCGUGAUAUAACAGAGUCAUCAUCAGUGGAUGUGCUGCUGACCAACCUCAUUCUGGGGAAUCUGCUUCCCUCUGCUCUCCUCUGGAUCACCUCCCGACCAUCAGCAGCCAAUCAGGUCCCUCCUGAGUGCGUCCACCAGGUGACAGAGGUACAAGGGUUCAAGGAUCCACAGAAGGAGGAAUACUUUAGGAAGAGAAUCAGAGAUAAGAUAAAGGCCAGCAGAAUUAUCUCACACGUAAAGUCAUCCAGGAGUCUCUACAUCAUGUGUCACAUACCAGUCUUCUGCUGGAUUUCUGCCACUGUGCUGGAGACAAUGUUGGGUAAAGUAGGCAAUAGAAAAAUGCCUAAAACUCUGACUGAAAUGUACACACACUUCCUGCUCAUUCAGACUAAUGUGAAGAAUGAGAAGUAUCCUGGCACCAAUGAGACAACCUCAAAGAAAAUGUCAGCAUCAAAUGCAGAAAUCAUCCUGAAACUGGGUCAGCUGGCUUUACUACAGCUGUUAAAGGGGAAUCUGAUAUUCUAUAAAGAGGACCUGAGAGAGAUGAGCAUUGAUGUCAGUGAAGCUUCAGUGUACUCUGGGGUGUGCACAGAGAUCUUUAAAGAGGAGUGUGGGUUGGGUGAGGAGAAGGUCUACUGCUUUGUGCAUCUGAGCAUUCAGGAGUAUCUGGCUGCCUUGUUUGUGUUUCAUUCAUGUGUGAAUGAGAACAGAAAUGUACUCAGAGCAGAAGAAUCAAAACCUUGCAGUGACGGAGUGCAGCUGUCUGAGUUACACAGGACUGCAGUGGAUCAGGCCUUAGAGAGUAAGAAUGGACACCUGGACCUUUUCCUCAGAUUCCUUCUAGGCCUCUCUCUGGACUCCAUUCAGACUCUAUUAGGAGAAAUACUGACAAAGACAGGAAGCAGAUCACCUGCACCAGAUUGGAUAAAAGCACUGCAUAAAUACAGUCCUUUUACCAUUUACCAUUUAUAUACACAGACGAGAAGCAGAUCAGAGAGCAUUGAGAAAACAGUCCAGUACAUUAAGAAGAAGAUCAAAGAAGAAUCUUCAGCAGAAAGGACCAUCACUCUGUUCCACUGUCUCAAUGAACUGAAUAAAAACGCUCCAGUGGAAGAAAUAAAGAAGUUCCAGAGAUCAGGAAAACUCUCUAAUGAAAAGCUGGAACCACACCAAUGUUCAGCCCUGGCCUUUAUGUUACAGAUGUCAGAGGAGAUCCUGGAUGAGUUUGACUUGACGACCUACAACACAUCAGCAGAAGGUUAUGAGAGACUGCUACCAGUAGUCGGGAACUGCAGGAAGGCCAUACUGAACUACUGUGACCUCACAGAGAAGUCCUGUGAAAUUGUGGCCUCAGCUCUUCAGUCAUCAAACUCACCCCUGAGAGAUCUGGACCUCAGCAACAAUAACCUGGGAGAUACAGGAGUGAAGCUGCUCUGUGCUGGGCUGAUGAGUCCAAACUGUAAACUACAGACACUGGGACUAUACAGCUGUCGCCUCACAGAUAUGUCUUGUGAAAUUGUGGCCUCUGCUCUCCAGUCAUCAAACUCGCCCCUGAGAGAUCUGGACCUCAGCUGCAAUAGCCUGGGAGAUUCAGGAGUGAAGCUGCUCUGUGCUGGACUGAUGAGUCCAAACUGUAAACUACAGAGACUGGACCUCAGCUACAAUAACCUGGGAGAUUCAGGAGUGAAGCUGCUCUGUGCUGGACUGAUGAGUCCAAACUGUAAACUACAGACACUGGGGCUGGGUUGGUGUAAUCUCACAGAGGGCUGCUGUGAUGUUCUGGCCUCAGUCCUGCGCUCUCCUCACUCAGAGCUGAGAGAUCUGGAGCUCAGAGACAAUGAGCUGCAGGAUUCAGGAGUGAGAGCGCUCUCUGCUGGACUGGAGGACCCACACUGUAAACUGCAGAGACUGGGGCUGUCAGGCUGUAGAGUCACACAGAGAGGCUGUGAUUCUCUGGCUUCAGCUCUGUGUUCAAACCCCUCACACCUGAGAGAGCUGGACCUGAGAUACAAUCACCCAGGAGACUCAGGAGUGAGAGCG